AUGAUGAGCUUCAACAAGUUGUACGAAAAGAUGCUCGUUGAAUCCCAGCAGAUGGGCAGUGACGCGAUGAAGCUCCUGAAGGGUCAAGACGCCGCCCUGGAUAACCCGCAAGAGGAAGAAGCUGCAGCAAAGGAAUCCUUCUACAGAGCAGAUGAGGAGGAAAUGAACUACACCUCAAACAUUAAUCCUACGACUAUCACCACCCGCACCGACGUUGGUUCUGCGCCUCCACCCAAAAGAACGCCGCAAAUACUGGCUCCUCUUCUCUCAGCAUUUAUGAGUUUUCUGUUCGUUAUCACGGGUAUCUAUGCAGAAGCCCUCAAACUCGCACAACCAGAACUAGCAGCAGAAGCAGAAUCAGCUGCAGGGCAACAACUGAAAACAGCAACAGCAUUGUAA